AUGGCUCCCAAGAAGAAGGUCGAACGCGCUGCCACCGAGAACAUCUCGCUGGGUCCCCAGGUCCGCGAAGGUGAACUCGUCUUCGGCGUCGCCCGCAUUUUCGCCUCUUUCAACGAUACCUUCGUCCAUGUCACUGAUCUUUCUGGCCGCGAAACCAUCACCCGUGUGACCGGUGGUAUGAAAGUCAAGGCCGACCGUGACGAGUCCUCUCCCUACGCCGCCAUGUUGGCAGCCCAGGACGUCGCCCAACGAUGCAAGGAACUCGGAAUCACCGCUCUGCACAUCAAGAUCCGAGCAACUGGUGGAAAUGGCACCAAGACCCCCGGACCUGGUGCUCAAUCUGCCCUCCGUGCCUUGGCCAGAUCUGGAAUGAAGAUUGGCAGAAUCGAAGAUGUCACACCCACGCCCUCUGACAGCACAAGACGCAAGGGGGGUCGUCGUGGUCGUCGUCUGUGA